AUCGCGGCCGAACUUGGAGCCUGGAGAUCGCGGCAGCCCGGGCGGACCAUGGACGCGUCUAUCUAUCACAUCGUCUUCGGGGAGCCGGAGGAGCUCAACUGCACUUUGGUGGACGCGUUUCAGGACACUUUCUGGGAGAACGCCACUCUGUCUCUGCUGAGCGCAGACGGGCUUUAUUGCAACGCCACCAUGGACGAGAUCGGAACCUGCUGGCCGAGGAGCGCCACCGGGAGGAUGGUGGAGCGCGCCUGCCCCGAGUACAUCAACGGAGUCAAGUACAACAGCACCAGAAGCGCCUACAGAGAAUGCAUGGAGAACGGCACAUGGGCGCUGAAGAGCAAUUACUCCAACUGCCAGCCCAUUCUGGAGGAGAAGAGGAAGUACCCGGCGCACUACAAGGUCGCGCUCAUCAUCAACUACCUGGGCCACUGCGUCUCUGUGGGCGCUCUGGUCGUGGCGUUCGUCCUCUUCCUGUGCUUGAGGAGCAUCCGCUGCCUCCGGAACAUCAUCCACUGGAACUUGAUAACCACCUUCAUCCUGAGGAACGUCAUGUGGUUCCUGCUGCAGCUGAUCGAUCACAACAUCCACGAGAGCAACGAGCCCUGGUGCCGGCUGAUAACCACCGUCUACAACUAUUUCGUGGUCACCAAUUUCUUCUGGAUGUUCGUGGAGGGCUGCUACCUUCACACCGCCAUCGUCAUGACCUACUCCACCGACAAGCUGAGGAAGUGGCUCUUCCUCUUCAUCGGCUGGUGUAUCCCCCUCCCCAUCAUCGUGGCCUGGAGCAUCGGGAAGCUGUUUUACGAAAAUGAGCAAUGCUGGUUCGGCAAAGAGCCGGGGAAGUACGUGGACUACAUCUACCAGGGGCCCGUCAUCCUGGUGCUGCUGAUCAACUUCGUCUUCCUCUUCAACAUCGUGAGAAUUCUGAUGACCAAGCUGCGAGCCUCCACCACGUCCGAGACCAUACAGUACAGGAAGGCUGUGAAGGCCACGCUGGUCCUCCUGCCUCUGCUGGGCAUCACCUACAUGCUCUUCUUCGUCAACCCCGGCGAGGACGACAUCUCCCAGAUCGUCUUCAUUUACUUCAACUCCUUUCUGCAGUCGUUUCAGGGCUUCUUCGUUUCAGUCUUCUACUGCUUCCUCAACGGGGAGGUGCGGUCAGCUGUGAGGAAGCGCUGGCACCGCUGGCAGGACAACCACGCCCUGCGGGUGCGAGUGGCGCGGGCCAUGUCCAUCCCCACGUCGCCCACCAGGGUCAGCUUCCACAGCAUCAAACAGACCACGGCCGUCUGACCUUGACCUUUCACCUCAGACUCAAGGGCAAAAGAAAACACUUCAGUUCGGUCCUUUAGCAAGAUGCUAACUCUCAAUGCUACGUAGCGACUGCUAAAGGACGCCAUUGUGUUUGCUGACGUCAGUGUCUCCUUUUAUUUAACUAUACUAUGUCUAUUUAUACAUUAUUUACCAUAAAAGUGGUGCCGUUUAAUGUGAAUUAUGACUGGACUUCAAGUGGGUGCUUUGUUGUACAGAGACAAAUCUAUAUUUUUAAAGGCUGUUGUUAACUCUGCAUUUGAUAUUACCAUGUAUUUAUGAUCUUUUUUACUUGAAGAGCCGUGUCUGCAUGCAACAUUUCGGAGGUGAUCCAUCGUGGCGUCGCACACAUCUGUGUCAGUUCGUUGACCAAAGAACGAUUUCCUGCCGUGUCGCUAGCGGCUCGUGCUAAAAAGAAAUUCCAUCAGAGCUAAUAACGGAACACAUUUGUUGAACCACCAACACUGCCUUAGAAACCAACGCGUCCUCUGGUGUGGAAGAUCCGCCGCUCCUGUGCUCCACCGUCUUUUGUACUCGUGAAUAUGACUUUCAAAUAAACAAGAUGGUGUUUUACCAUCUCUCGGUGGCUUUAUCUGCGCUGCUCUCUGAAGAACCGUCAGUCAUGUGGGUGCUCUAGUCUUCGAUGAGUCUCCAGGUUAAACCUCUGUGGGCCACGGG